AUGCGGCGGUGCAAAGAGCUGGGGAUAUCGUGUGCCGAGUGGGAGAGUCGCUGCCCGCCCGACGCAGCAGCCAUCGUGUUCGUAACGCCCGAGUCGUCAGUGGGAGAAGCGUUCGCGACGUUUUUGAACCGGCUGCGAGCAACGCGGCAGCUGGACCGUAUCGUGAUCGACGAGUGUCACAUUGUGUUGAACCGUCGAUACACAUUCCGCAAGCAGAUGCAACAGCUCGGCAGGCUGGCAGCAGCCGAGACGCAGAUGGUGCUGUUGACAGCAACGUUGCCGCCGACCGAAGAGGACGAGCUGUAUCGACGGAUGCAUUACGAGCGAGGGCAGGUCAAGAUGUUUAGACAACUAACCACAAGGACGAACAUGGCGUAUCAGACUAUCAAGAUUAGCCAGUCUGCGAAGAAGAAGGACGUUGAGUUGAUGGUCGUCAAGACAGUGCGGCAGAAGAUGCGGAAGUACAGGACAGGCAAGCUCAUCGUGUACGGCAAUUCGAAGCCGAAGGUGAAGGCGUUGGCAGAG